UGUCAUAUGACUUUGUGUCCGUGACUGAACCUUGCAAACUUGUUUCCGUCACUUUUAGACAAAACUUUUCUGAUGCUAUUUGCUGCGUCUGGAUUAAUUGCAUAGGAUUACAUCAGAGUUGAAAACCAUGGUGGGCAUCGCACUUGUUCACGUGUUGAUCCCAUUUUGCCUAUGCACCAUUUUAGCCAACAGUGGAUUAUUUGACAAUGUCCUGGUGGAUCUGACCUAUGAUCACUACGCAGAGAAAAUAGUUGAAUGGCUACCUGCCUUUCUGGCUAUGCCGUUUAACUGCUUGGUCAACUUGGGGUACAUUAUCAUGGGCACUUUUUGGCUCCUUAAACGUAUAGCUUCUCGCGACAGUAGGGAAUGCUAUUUUAAAGACGUGUUUGCCCUCAUGGCCAUUUUGUAUGGACCAAUACAAUGGAUUCGUCUUUCGUCUUUGUCACGAACACCAGCUAUUCUGGACCAGUGGUUUACCCUACCGAUUUUCGCGUGGGUACCGGUCUGGUGUCAUUUCAUAGAGCAUGGUUGGAGUCCACGAUAUGUGCUGCUCGCCGAAUCUGUUUCCAUCCUUAGCUACACACUAGCCCUGUUUCACGACUUGGGGUUUGAGACGGCUUUGGCCUUUCAUGUCGCUGGUGCUGUACUGACAGGCGUGAGGAUACAAAGAAGUCACGGCGAUGCAACUUCAUUUCGCUACCUAGUGCUUGCAGUGUUGUCAUGCAGCGGUUUCGUCGUGCUGAAACUUUGGGAUUUCAGUCUGGCACAGUACUGGUUAUUUCAAAAUCUAACUGGACACUUUUGGUCAAAAAUAUGUGACAUUCUGCAGUUCCAUUUCAGCUUCUGCUUUCUCACCUGUCUUAAUAAAAAAGACCAGAAAAGGACAUAACUGAAACGGUUUGGGUUAUCAUGACACUGAUGAUUUACUAGAUUUGAAACCCUAUGGAAGAACCACUCAACCCAAUUACAGCAGCAGUUUGUCAAUUUUUUUUUAUUUUGGACAAGCCAUAUUAAAGAAAUAUUUUCAGAUUGUU